CGUCCGAGAGGAUUACACCAAAUAUAUAAAAAAAAAUAGACAGCAACUAAAACUCUCGCCCCGAAAAAUGACCAUUCACAUCGUAUCCAGACUGCAGCUAAUGAGUAGCCCACGCCUUGUCCUAGUUGAUAAGUAGCUUUUGGAGAAAAACAUCUGCCAGUAUUUGCUCAGGAAAACAGCGGACUAUAUAUGGAUUUACCAUCUGCUCGAAAAGCGAGAACAUAAUACGUUUUGGGGAGACAACUCUGCGGCAACAAGAGGAUGAAAUGAGAAAGAGAAAAAAAGUAUUCAGCUUGAAGUUGGAAUACAACCCAAUUGGACGGAUAUUGUUUAUGUUGCUCUUACAAUUGAUUCGGGAAACACUGAAAAAGUCUAAAAAGACUGGGAAACACACAGGCAGUUUACCAGUAUGCUAUGAGAUUCUAACCCUGUCCCUGAAGAAGAAGAUGGCUGCAGAACUGUACCCUGCGACCACCAAUCUAACCAACAACGGUACUACGGUGACCGCCAGUGACAAGAAAAGCGAUGCGCAGGUCACCCAGUCAACAACCACUGCAACAACACCGACCACCCAGCAAAACAUAAACAACAACAACCUCGAUCCUCCCAGCUGGCAGUCCUCUCACCCCACGCUACGGGAGAGGAAUGCCUUGAUGUUCAACAAUGAACUCAUGGCCGAUAUACAUUUAAUUGUUGGUCCCCCUGGUGAAUCUCAGAAAGUACCAGUGCACAAGUAUGUGUUGGCAGUGGGUAGCUCCGUCUUCUGUGCCAUGUUUUACGGGGAUCUUGCAGAGGAGGAGUCCGAAAUCCAUAUCCCAGACGUGGAACCUGCUGCCUUUCUAAUUCUGCUGAAUUACAUGUACAGUGAUGCGAUAGACCUGGAGGCGGACACCGUGCUGGCUACCCUGUACGCUGCCAAGAAGUACAUUGUACCAGCCCUGGCCAAGGCCUGCGUAACCUUCCUGGAGACCAGCCUGGAGGCCAAGAACGCCUGUGUGCUGCUGUCCCAGAGCCGUCUGUUUGAGGAACCUGAGCUGACACAGCGCUGCUGGGAGGUGAUUGACGCCCAGGCCGAGCUGGCCCUGGGCUCCGAGGGCUUCUGUGAGAUCGACCUGCAGACCCUGAAGAUCAUCCUGCAGAGAGAGACUCUCAACACCAAGGAGGUGGUGGUCUUUGAUGCCAUGAUGAGCUGGGCCACAGCUGAGUGUAAGAGGCAAGGACUGAGGGCAACCACCCACAACAAGAGAUCUGUCCUGGGCAAGGCACUCUACCUGGUGCGCAUCCCCACUAUGACCCUGGAGGAGUUUGCUGAUGGGGCGGCACAGUCAGACAUCUUGACACUGGAGGAGACUCAUGACAUUUUCCUGUGGUACACAGCGGCCACCAAGCCAAAACUGGACUUCCCACUGGCACAGAGGCAGGGCCUGGCGCCCCAGAGGUGCCACCGCUUCCAGUCGUCAGCCUACCGGAGCAACCAGUGGCGCUACAGGGGCCGCUGUGACAGCAUCCAGUUUGCAGUGGACAAGCGGAUCUUUAUCGCUGGACUGGGUCUGUACGGGUCAAGUGGCGGAAAGGCUGAGUACAGUGUCAAGAUUGAACUGAAGCGGCAAGGGGUGACCCUAGCACAGAACCUGACCAAGUUUGUGUCGGACGGAUCAAGCAGUACAUUUUCUGUGUGGUUUGAACACCCAGUUCAAGUGGAGCAGGAUGCCUUUUAUACGGUGAGUGUCGUGCUGGACGGGAAUGAGCUGAGCUAUUUCGGCCAGGAAGGCAUGACGGAGGUGCAGUGUGGAAAAGUGACUUUUCAAUUCCAGUGCUCCUCGGACAGUACCAACGGGACUGGGGUGCAGGGGGGACAGAUCCCGGAGCUGGUGUUCUAUGCAUAAGCUGGAUUGGUAGAGAGCAUAUAGACCAUUCUGUACAUCCAUAUGUUGCAGCCUUAUAAUGUAGCAUUAAGACACUAGAGUGUCAGACUAAACAAUAUACUAUUUUUAAGUCAAGGAACGUUUUAUCUUAUUUAUUUAAAAUAAAAAUGUUAUUUGUAUUAUUUUAAUUAACGCUGCAAAAAGCAGUCCCUUGUAAAAAGUCAUAUUGCACUUGUGGACAGUCUCUGCAAUGUUGUUUUGUACAUAAAACACAGUUAAAUGGUUUGCAGCUUGAUGCUGAUCAACCAUGAUGUUCCUGUUUGACAGCUUACGAACCUGCAGAAAAUCAUAAACAUUUUGUGAGAAGCCA